UAUCAAUGCGUAAUUAAUACUUUGCGUUAUACGAUCGACAUGUAUACGGUUUAAACGGCAAACAUGAAAAAUAUUCAUUCAAUAUCUUGGUUAUUUUUUUUAGCUAGCGUCCUGGGAAACGAAAAUCAGUGUGAAAUAGCUGAAAUAUGUGUGACAGAUCUAUCGCAAGCGGAUUGUGGUGCUGGGAUGACGCUAGUGCGUAAUGCGAGUAUUUUCGGAUGUUGCCCUGCGUGCAGAUUCGAUGACGGUACUGGCGGAGGUGGAGGAGGAGAUGACAAUGAUCCUUCGAAAGGGUGUCGACCCCCUGCCAACUGCUUACCGGACGGACGGUACGCACCUGUGCAAUGUAAAGGCGAUUUAUUCACGGGGAGAUGUUUCUGCUCUGAUGAAAAUGGGCAAAGAAUAUUUGGACAAAUGUGGAGACGUGAAGCAAAUGAGAUGAGUUGCGCGUGCAGUCGUAAAAGACAUGAAUUAGAAACGAAACACGGCAAAAUCACUACCUUACACUGCACACCGAAUGGGGACUAUGAGCAAUUGCAAUGUGACGAGGGCAUGUGCUGGUGCGCCCAGACCAAGACGGGACAACCCAUUACACCGCCGGUGCAAGAAGUCGACAUGAGGCGUCUUCCUUGUUUCAGUGCAGCAGCACUCGGUGAGCAGUACCUGCGAAGAUGUGAAAGUAUCGUUUAUGCUUUGGCCAGGAUCCACAGAGAACAGUCGGCGCACGGAACCAAUUUCUUAGGCAAUCCAAUAACGUUCUGCGAUUUUGAUGGAAGCUAUGGACCAUAUCAAAUUCAGAAUGGAAUCGUCUACUGCACCGGUCGAGACGGUAAAAUCUUGGGUUCGUGGCAAGUUGUAGUCAGUGAAAUGCGAGGAAUCAAUUGCAAUUGCGCUCGUGAUACGAUGAUGUACUUCCCGGAAAGGGGUAUGACAGUUUCAGAAGUGUGUAUGGCAAACGGUAACUACCGCCCCAAUCAGAAUGCAGGCGAUGUCACAUACUGCGUCGACGACGACGGCUACCCGCUGGAGGAGGAAGACUGGCCGCCAGUGUGUGUUACUUCUACCAAUAGAAGUAAUAGAACUGAAUAGGACCUGGUCAUCUAAGAUUAUAAUGUCUCUAGUUGCUAUUUUACAAAACUGUUCUUUAUAUAUUUUUUCCUUUAUUACAGAAUUGAAAUAAGAA